AUGGCCUCACCUGUGUGGCACGAGCAUUCCCACUACCACCAUGGCCUCCCAAUGGAGCGCCGUACUUCAGCCACCCCGUUGCGCAGCGCAUUUAGGAUGACCGAUCUGACUGCUGGUGACGGCAUGAUGAACAUGCCCUGCGGUCACAUGGACCGGCAGGAGCAGAUGCCCCUCCCCGAUUAUCUUCCUGGAUACGAUGACAACGUCGAACAACUCUGGAUUCCCCAGGAGAUGCCAAAGACAUACCAGGAGCCUCAGUUUCCUUACCAGGCCUCGAUGCCUCAGUACAACCAGAUGGCUCGCAACUACUACCACCGUCCUCAGCAGGCUGGAUAUCUGCCUGAGUCGGCCUCCAAUCCUUGCUUGUCUCGUCCGAUCUUUACCCAACCCAUGGAGCGGAUGCCCAACUCCGCCUCGAUGACCAACAUGCUCCACUGGAUGCCUUCCCACGAGUCUUUGGUGCCUCAAACCAUCACACCUGCUCAGGUCCAACCAUAUCCGUCAGGACCCGUCACGCCUCCUUCUUCCGCUUACUCCGACUUCCCCACGAACAUUCCGACUUUCAAGUCCCACACUCCUUCUACGCCCCAUCGAUCCGUGUCCAUGGGGACUCCGUCGGGAUCCGAUACGCCAGUCAGUCGGAUCUCCGGACACAAUGAUUACCAAGAAGAGUUCCAGCUCUCUCCUGUCUAUCGUGAAGGCAUGAUGCAACGUCAUCGCCAGCCUUCGCGCAAACCCUCCAAGAAGCAACUCCUGCGCUCUAACCUUAGCCUCGAGAACUUGCCGUCCAUCAUUAAACAAGUGCAAUUCAAGUGCAAGGAGCCUGGCUGCAAGGGGCGUUUCAAGCGCCAGGAGCAUCUCAAGCGCCACAUGAAGAGCCACUCCAAGGAGAAGCCUCAUGUCUGCUGGGUUCCUGGCUGCCACCGUGCCUUUUCCCGCAGCGACAACCUCAACGCCCACUACACCAAGACCCACAGCAAGCGGGGCGGUCGCAACCGCUACGUCGCAACCCUAGAUGAGACCAGCCAAGAUUUCGACCCCGAUUUCCGGGGACAGCUUACCCCCGACGGUCGACCUAUCUAUGGCAGCAAGCUUGAAGAUAGUAUGCCUGACUGUGGUGAGCUGAGCGUUGAUGGCUGGGAUGACUAG